AUGGACAACGUUUACUCUGCUACGUAUUCAGGAAAUGCGGUGUAUGAGUUUGUUCAUGCUUCAGGAUCUGUGAUGAGAAGAAGGUCUGAUGGUUGGGUAAAUGCUACACAUAUAUUGAAAACUGCAAAUUUUCCAAAGGCAAAACGUACAAGAAUAUUAGAAAGAGAUGUUCAAACAGGUGUUCAUGAAAAAGUUCAAGGUGGUUAUGGUAAAUAUCAAGGUACUUGGGUUCCAUUGGAUAGAGCUAGAGAUAUCGCUGAACAAUUUGGUGUACAUCGUAUAUUAGCUCCAUUAUUCGAUUUUGAAAAAACAAAUGGUGCAAAUUCACCACCUCCAGCUCCAAAACAUCAUCAUGCUUCUAAAAAUAAUUCAAUAGCUGGUAUUGAAAAACCUGCUUCUACAAAGAAAAGUAUAGCUAAAAAAUCUGCAAGUAUGCCUGUUGCUAUAAAUAAAGAAUCAACACCAUCAUCAGUAACGAAAAAAAGAGGUCGUCCAAGAAGAUUAAAUCCACCAAAAGUUCCAAAUCCAAAUACUGGUGUCUUUGUUGGCAAAAGAUUAAGUGGUAAUGAAUCUCAAAAUGGAAUUAAUGAUGAUAGUCUGGCUUCAUCACCACCAGAUUCAACAACUUUACAAACAAAAGAUGAAGAUUUAGAAAGUGAAGAAGAAUUAAAUAUAGAGGAUGGUAUAUCAAGUGAGAUUGAUGAAACUUCAAACCUACAUUUCCUAGGAUCAUCAUCUUCACCAAGUGAUUUCCUUUCAGAAUCAGAUUUGAUGAAUGCACUACGAUCACCAGAUCAAAGAAUAAAUAGAUCAGCAAGAGAAAGUUUAGAAAAAGCCAUAAAUUCACAUACAGGAAACGUAAGGAAUCAUCAAAAUGAUAGAUGGCUUGAUGCUAACUCUGAAUAUGUUGCUAGAUUAUUAGAAUAUUUCACUUCACCUGAUGAUGAUCAUGAUCAUGAUUCAAAAGUUCCAGAUUUCUUAAUACAUCCACCUGAAGGUUUGAAUGUUGAUCAACAAGUUGAUGACGAAGGUCAUACGGCUUUCCAUUGGGCUUGCUCAAUGGGUAAUCCACAAGCUGCUGAAGCUUUGAUAAAUCUGGGUGCAAAUUAUAGAGCUGUAAAUAAUUCAGGUGAAACUCCAUUGAUGAGAGCUGUAUUAUUUACAAAUUCAUUUAAUAAGAAAUCGUUCCCAAGAUUAAUAGAGUUAUUAAGUGAAAGUAUAUUUGAUUUUGAUUCAACUCAUAAAACUGUUUUACAUCAUAUUGCUGCUGGUGCAACUUCUAAAAUACGGAUACAAUCAGCAUUAUAUUAUAUGGAAUUUUUAUUGGGUAAAUUAGCUGAAAUUCAAUCACCAGAAAGAUUACAAGGUUAUUUGAAUUUACAAGAUAAUAAUGGUGAUACUGCAUUACAUUUAUGUGCUAAAACAGGUAAUAGAAAAUGUAUCAAAUUAUUAUUAGAUUAUAAAGCCAAAACAAAUUUGAAAAAUAAUCAAGGUUUAAUUGCAUCAGAAAUUUUAUUAAGUAAUAAUCAUGUUACACCAAAAGUUCAACAAAGAUAUGAGACCCAUUUAAGAAAUCAAGCUGCUAUAACACAACCAGUAACUACAGCAUCAACAUAUAAUAUUGCACAACCACAUAUUUCAGAAGCUGCUAUUGAAGCUACUCAUAAAGUUAGUGAUUUUUUGAUUGAAUCAUUAAAUGAAUUAUCAAAUGCAUAUGAUUAUGAAUUACAACGUAAAGAAUCUGAUGUUUCUGAAGUUCAAGAAUUAUUGAAGAAUAUGAAUGAUGAAAUUGAAUUGAUUAGUAUUAAAACAAAAGAGUACAUUGGUGAAGAUUUAGAUCAGACUCAAUUAAAUCAACGUGUUCAACUUAUAGAAGAUCAAGUUAAACGUCAAGAAUUAAUUGCACAAUCAAAAGAAAAGAGAUUAAAUAAUCUUGUUGAAAAAAUUCAACAUAAUGAACUUUCAAAACUUUUUAAAAAUUAUUCAAAUGCCUUAGUUCAAUCUGAAAAUUUAAGCUCGAAUUUUGAUGAUGCAAUUCAAUUAACUCAAUUACAACUACAAAGAAAACGAUUAGUUAAAGAAAUGAUUGAUCUAUUUGCUGGUGUUAAUGGAUCAAAUGAAAAAAUGCAAAAAUAUACAAGAUUGAUUUCUGCAUGUUCAGAUGUUGAGUUUAGUCAAGUUCCAAAUAAAUUAGAUGAUUUGUUACAUGAGAUUGAAAAAAAUCCUUAA